GGUUAUUUGCGACGGUCAACCGACGGGCUUAUCUGUAUAAAACCUAUCAUGUAGGCGGAUCUCGCAAAAUUCGUGCUAUUUUACCCCUACGUCCAAUUACCACUGCUGGCCAGUCGUUUUUGCUAGUCAAGGAAGUCUCUGCUACAACUUCUCUUUUCCGGUUUUAUUGUGCCCGUACGUCCUACUGAUUCUGGACACGAGCUCGCUUCGACCUUCUUCAUAAACAGCCGUCUCACUGUUAUAACUGACGAACGACGGAUACUAUGCGCUUCAACAUUCCCUGCUUGGCCUUGGGUCUUAUCUCCACCGCAUAUGCGGUCCCUGUCGCAAUUAAUGUCGGUCUAAGCUACUCUAGCAUUACAGCACGCAAUGGGAAUUUUCCCCAUGUCGAAUACGAAUUUACAAGAGAAGGCCAACCCAGAAAGAUCAAACUGGAGAAAAACCUUCCUAAAUUCAAGUUUCCCUCUCAUCAACCUUCAUUAGCCAAUGCCGCGGUUGAAACAGUACUUGCAGGCUUUGGAACCACGGGAUCCGCACUCAAUGAUUUCGUGGGUGUGGAUAUGGAGGAGAACCAGGACCCUCGCACGAUUGAUUUCAAUGUCACCUCGGUCAUUCUACUAGAGCCUGGGGGAAUUUAUUGCCCGUGUGUGGGGACGGCAACAAUACUUUUCAAGAGCCAGACUAUCAUAGGGACGCUUAUUUCCUAUGAACGUCGUUUUCCCGCCGUCGAGGGCGACGAAGCACAAAAAGAACGAAAAGAGAGGAUCAAGAAGGAGAGGAUACAGAAGACCAAAACCAUUUGUUUAGAGUUUGUACCUGCAGGCGCAAGUAAGAAUCCGGAGAAUGGAAUUGGAAGGUUGAAUCAUAGAUGCCCUGAACUUGACUGAGAAUCUUUACUUUGCACGGUGUAUGAUGUUGAACAGUAUCCGUGUUCUGGCGUAUGUUGUGAGCGCCAACCGGACUGGAUAUUGUAUCUCUUCAAUAAGUAGGGUUGCUGUAUUCUACUAGGCUCCACUGUCAUGGACCA